AUGACCGUGCUCCAACAGUUCAGUGGUCAUGGCACUGUCAAGGUGGAGAGACACUUCAAGCUGGAUUCUCGGCGACCUACCAUAGGGUCGCCUUACCCGGCCACUAAACUUGUCAUCGGACAACACUUCUGGAUCCAUCCCUCUCGUCAGUCCUGGGCUUGGUUCAUCGUUGCAUCAUUUUACGAUUCUAGGGGCCGUGAACUCUGGCACAUAGAGCUCUUCACCGGUUGCAGAGAUAUUAACGCUUCUAAUACUACCGAAUCCUUAGCAUCGGAGGACGCCGACACAUCUGAAGCCUCCACAACUACUGACUACGACUACGACAAUGAUAGUCCUAGCGUAGAAAGUGAAGAUAAUUCUGAGGCUUCCAACUUUGACUCCGACAGCGACUCUGACAGUGACUCUGACAACGACACCGACACCGAUUCACAAGACGCACUAGAAAGCAGAUCUUCUACACAAUCCGAUCUACGAAUUAAACGCGUACCUGCCUCUCGAGCCCAAUCAUCAAGAAUGUCUCAACCCUUUGGAGUCGGUUGGAACCCGCAAUACGGCGUGGACCGUAACGCUAAUGCUGUACCCGGUCCCGGUCAACCUCCUUUCAUGAACAUGCCUAUGCCAACCGGUGGUAUAGCUCCUGGACCUGGCAACCAGGGACCCGUUUACGUCAUCCCCCGAAAUGGAUACAACCGUCCCGUCCCGGUUUUCCCUGGCCAUAAGGAUCGCUUGCCUAACCCUCACCCUGUUGUCAACAUGGACGCCCCAGCUUUGAACCUGACCAACACCACUGGUGGCGUCGGUUGCGAGCCUGGCUAUAACUAUUUCUUCCCUCGGGAUCACACUAAGCUUCACAUCAUCAAGUCAUCUGUUGCACCCUGGCGCUUGGCCCAAGGCAUGUCGAUGCACUUUGGUGCUUACCAUGUCCCCACCCAGCUAACCCUAAGCCAGCUUCUUGAGGGUUUUGGCGCCGUUAACCCUCUACCCCAGAAGAACAAGAUCACAGAGGUCAUUCAGGGUGGUAAUGGAAGAUGGUAUCGAGGUAUGACAUAUUCGGGAGACUCACCCGAUAUGAGUAAGACCUUGGCGAGCGUUGGUUUGGACCAUACUCGUACUGGCAACCCUGGUGAGAAGCCUGUCGCCUGGCUUUGGAUUACAAAGGAUUAGAAUCCAUCGCGAUGAUCGCCACAUACCAUAAUGAGUCGGCGACUUAUAUCGGCGGAAAUGAAAGCGUUUCUUAAUUACAGAUUGCGAUUUACGAUUUGCGUUGCUUUCAAGUUAUUACUCAAGAUACCCAUGUGUAUCUAUCCUAUAGUACACCACAUGUGUGUACCCAUGGUACAUCACAAAGGCGUGGCGAGGUGGGAAACUUCGGCGAACGAUGAAUUGAUAGAAGAUCAUCCCCCUCUAGUUUAGUUGCGCUGCCCUAGCAUUAAUUUGAUUUAAUUUGCAUCGUCAUUCACUAUUCUUAUCUUCCAGCGGGCAUCUAACUUCAUCCAAUUUGCUGACAACAUGAA